CAGAGGCGUCGGCGGCUGAGGCCACCUCCCGCCCCCAGAAGCAGACUCGCUGCACCUGGCCCCGGUGGCGGCCCGGCCCGGCCUGGAGUGCUCCGGGCUGCACUCCCCCAUCCCCAUCCUUGCCUUCAUCAUGUUCCAGGAUGCUGGAGCAACCCAGGCCACCACCUCUCAUGAAGCCAAGAGCAGCCCUAGCGGCAGCACGGUGCAGCGCUCCAAGUCGUUCAGCCUUCGGGCACAGGUGAAGGAAACUUGUGCAGCCUGCCAAAAAACGGUGUACCCCAUGGAGCGUCUGGUGGCUGACAAGCUGAUCUUCCACAACUCGUGCUUCUGCUGCAAGCACUGCCAUGCCAAGCUUAGUUUGGGCAGCUACGCAGCUCUUCAUGGAGAGUUUUACUGCAAACCCCACUUUCAGCAGCUGUUUAAGAGUAAAGGCAACUACGACGAGGGCUUUGGCCGCAAGCAGCACAAGGAGCUCUGGGCCCACAAGGAAGUGGCCAAUGGUACCAAGACAGCCUGAGGCCCUCCGGAUGCCUUCUGCCUACCCCUGUUCCCAGGGGCUUUUGGGGUGGGGUGGGGAGGAGCUUGGGAAAGAUUGAAUUGGGGGGGAGGGGGGACAUACUUGGGGCUGCUCUGACUGGUCCAGUGAUGACAGGGGCUGACUUGCUGUCUUUUGCCUGCGUAGGGGGAUGGGGGUGCAGUGCUAUCCCUCUUUAUCUCAGGGGGCACUUCAUUCCCACUGGGGCCCUCCAGUUUGAUUUCCUACCCUCUUCCCUCAGUAGGCCUCAGAAAAGCAGGCCCCAGGGAAGGACUUCCUCCCUAUCUUGGUGCCUUCUCUCCAGCUGGGAGUCAGCUUACCCCACCAACUCCUCCUGGGUCCCAGGCUUCCCACUGCCAAGGAGGGCCCCGGGCCCCCUCUCCCUUCCCAUCUACCUCUGUCCACAUCCUGGUUCUGAUUUACACCUAAAAACACCUGGGAGAAAGGAGAGGCUGGGGCGCCAUCUAUUGACUAAUAAAGCACAGUGAUGCUGCCUGGGAGGGGUAAGGUGAGGGUCCAGGCACGUUCCUAAAGGUACAGACCUUGGCCGUAAACCAGGGAGAGCCUGGAAACAUUACUUGCCACCCUAGAAUCAGGGAAGAGGAACUAAAAACAACCCUUGCUAGGUUGUGAACUACAGAGACUGGUUGUGGGACCAAAAUAGCCAGUUCCCUUUGCCCCUUCUGCUCCCCUCCCCCCAUUGUGCCCAUCUUGACUGUUGUGAUCCUAUUUUAAACAUGUACCCAAGAGUCUAUCAUUGUGUCUGUGUGAUUGGCCCUGAAGUAUGGGAGCUGAGAGUGACCAAAGGGCUGGGACCGGACUGAGGAAAACUAGGAGAGGUCUCUGGGUGCAGACUUAGCACACCCCCAGCUCCUUUUAAAGGAUGACCAGGAAGGGUUAAAACCUGGACCAAAUGGGGACAUUUCCCCCAUCCCUUUACCCCACUCCCACACCAGGCCGUGCCCUUUCCUCCCAAGGACCAUCAAACCCAAAAUGAUCUUUUAAAUGAGGCUCUUAAUCUUUUUGUGUGUCAUGGACCUCUUUGCCAGUCUGGUAAAACCUGUGGAUCCCUUUCUCAGAAUAAUGUUUUUUAAAUAUUUGAAGGAAAAGCUAAAUCUCAGAGAUUAGUGAAAAUAAAGGUGCAACUUUUUUCCCAUCUCAA